AUGUUCAACGUGGUGCGAAGAUUAUUCGGGGCGACACCCGCUGAAGGAGAGCCGGCACCCGAAAAAGCGAUCGAACUCAUAAGUCUGCCCGCCGGACGUUUGAAUUUAAUUCGGCCAAAGCAUGUAACCAAGGUCGAAAAGGAAUGCAUAUAUUUGGAAGCCGGACUGAUAAUUCGGCGAACUUCGAUCCCUUUUCACUAUCAGCUGGUCGUCGCGAGGUUGGGCGAAGGUGAUGAAGAGUUAGAAAGUGAGGAUGCGCUAGAGGAUGAUUAUGAGAAGGCCUUUUUGUUGGCGAAGGUUCUUGAUUUUCGGGUUUACGAGACAGUGGAUGACAGCGAUGAGGAAGAAAGACCUGCGAUUGCGUUUUCUUGGCUUGAUCUCUCAUCCCCCGAUAUUUCCGAAAGAUUCGAAUUUGUCAUCAGCAGCCAGCAUGAAGGCUGCUCAAGCUCUGAAAUCGAACGGGUUGAAGAUGCUAUUGUGCAGUGCAUUGUGGGUUAUCGAAUACCAUCUUAUAAGUGGGAAGGCGAGAAUGAGAAGGAUAGUUCGGAAGCUCCAGAAGAUGAUCUGUUGGUAAUCAAGGAAAGCUUUGAUUUACCUUGCCCACAAUCAGAGAUCAGCCAUCCAGCACAACCGUUGCCUUUAUUUCGCCCCCCAAGCACUAUUCCGAGCGAAGACUCAGAUAUUGAGCAAACCGCCGACACCACUUUGGAUUAUUCUGAAACAUCUCAAAGAUCACGUGUAUUCCGUCCUCCCAGUCUACAUAGCGAAGAUUCAGACCUAGAGGACUCAUCAGAAACUGAGCCUAACCCGGGAGCCAACGCCGAGGAACAGGGUGUUGAAGAUGACAGUGAUUCUUCUGCUGAUGAAAUAGUCAACCAACUCAGGGGCACCACUCUUGCUGAUAAACGCAAAGAACAACCGACAUCCUCACCGAUCUCCCGAACCAUCUUAGGCACCCCUUCUCGGACAUAUUCGCCGAAAGCUGACCCUUCGAGCCAUCGGAAACCACAUACUUCGUUUUCAACAGAUCAAGUUUCGCCAGCAAAGGCACAGUCUCCCACACCCUCGGCACAGCGGGCUUCUCAUACCUCGACGGCCCAAGCCUCUUCGCCCACAUCUACUUCCACCUCAGAAGAAUCGCUAGUCAAUGAGGAUUACGAGAUCAAUCACCGCAAUCCAACUAGCCACAAUGAUGAAUCCCUUCGAGCAGAUGAAGACCCUGAAGUCCUACAAAGCCAAUCAGCGAUAGAUAAUGAAGAUCAUUCGUUGGUUGAAGAACAAUCAUUCAUUGCAGAACAGUCAUUUGUUGGCGAAACCGUCUCAGCUUGGAAAGCGAUUUGCAACCUUUAUAUAUUUAAGUCUGCUACAACAAGUUUUGAGAGGUGGGAGACUGGGGCUAGGGCAGAACUUUGGGUAUCUGCCCCUCAGAAUCCACAAUCUGAUAUAUGCUGGUUGACAGUGAAACCGCCGGGAGUCGAUGACGAUGACCUACGUUGCGUGAUUUCUACUCCCAUUGGAAGUGAACAAAAUCUCAGUUUCAGUGGUGGAAGCAUUUUGUUUCACUACAGGUACGAUGUUCCGGGCGAUGAUGCCCAUUACCGAACAUGGGCAUUGCGAUUUCCGGACGACGAAACUUCGCGUGAUCAAUAUACUGCUGCUCAAGAAGCGUUUGCUAAGGCUUUAUACGACCGAGACCAUGGCCUUGGUAGCUACGAGGCCCAAGAUCGAGCCACCAAAGACUGGAGUCGUUUGACAUAUGGCGUCUCUGUUGAAGGUGCUUAUGACGAGGAGGACGAGGGACAAUCCGAUGAUAGCGAAGAGGCCGAAGAUGAUGAGGAAGAAGAAGAUUAUCCAAGUAGUGAUGAUGACGACGACGACGACGCGCAAUUACAACAAUUCCGCUCCAAGAAAACUAUCUCCAAAAAUUCGUGUUUUGCAACCGGGGCAAAUGAAAACCUGACAUGUGUCUCUAGGGAUGACAUGUUGGGACUAUUUAAGAAUGAGUCCACUAACGACAAAAAACUGAAAUUUAUGGCCACCAUCCCUGAACUGAGAACGCCUGAUGGAAGAGUCAUACGCCCAACCAAGAUAAUGAUGUAUGGUCAAGACAGCACUGUAGUUGUCCAAGACGAAUCUAUCCCAGAAUAUUUGUUCCCCGUCGACCUAGCAGUUGGUAAAAUAGUGGAUUCUUGGGACAUGGACGAGAACAUAGUGAAGGACUUUUUUGGACAGACCAAGACCAGUCAAAUGGAACAGCGGAGUAACCUAAUCGGGACCUCUUUUAACAAAAUUUUCCGGAUUGAUCCCCGAGUGGAUGGCCCCAAAGCUGUAGCUGAGAUGACCAAAUCUUAUAAAACGAAGAUGGACUUUUCCUGUGGUGUUACUACAGCCUCCGGACAAAUGGCAAUCGGAGCAGAGACAGGAAUAGUCAGACUGUUCGACCCCAAAAUUGGCAAAAUUGCUAAAACUGCACUACCUGGAGUUAGGGACGCUAUACGACAUCUGGAUGUCACCAACAAUGGAAGAUAUCUCGUCGCUACUUGUCAAAAGUAUUUGCUCCUCUGGGAUUGCCAAAUGAGCAGUGGUCAAUUGGGAUUCGACAAAAGCUUCCCUAAGGAUGAGAAGCCCGGCGGUAUCAGGAUCGAACUUACCAAAGAACAUCGAGCGCAGAUCAUUGAUGAAAACAUCAAAUAUUGUUUCAAGGACGCAAAAUUCAAUCAAGGCGAUGGAGAAGUAGAGAGGAAGAUUAUUACUGCCAUUGGUCCUUACAUCAUUGAAUUCGACUUGAAGUCGAUCUUGGAUAAGAAUAAGAAGACUCAAUACACCCUCAAGAGAUAUCAGCAGAACGUUGUUGGUGAUAACUUCCGGUGGGGUAAUGAUAAAGAUAUUGUUGUCGCACUUGAAAGUGACGUGAUCAUGGAGAAACGAAGCAAAUUGUCGAAGCCCAAUCGCAAAUCUAUCGUCGGACUUGAACCUAUCAAUUCCAACAGGAACCGGCCAUCGAGUAGUCGCAUCAGAACUUCGACCUUGGGCGCUGUUCCAGAAUGGGAGGAGUGA